CUCCCUCCCGGCCUCCCCCGCCCCCCGAAAUCCCCAAAUCCCAACCCAUCUUUUUGCCCCGACACCGCACCAACCUCUUCGGCUCUUCCUCCGCUCCGGGACCAGCUCCAGCACCCGGCGCGCACGCUCCCACGCCGGGCUGCGGGGGAGGAGAGGAGAUUCCCGUAGAAAGCGAGCAGGUGCGUCUCGAAAGCGGCGGUCCUUGCCGAAAGAAGCAAUCCCCGAGACCGGCAGGAGCAGGAGGAGGAGCGGCAGGGCACGCACGCACACUCCCAAUGGGGAGCAGGAGCAGAGGAGGGAGCGGCAGCGGCUUGCUCAUCCCCUUCUUGCUCCUCUCUCUUCACUGCUCGCCGGUGCUGGUGUCGGCGGCGGGGAGCGGCGAGCCGUACGUGGGCGUGACCAUCGGCACGGCGGUGACGAACCUGCUGUCGCCGUCGGACCUGGCGGACUUCCUCCGCGCGCAGCACAUCACCCGCGUCCGCCUCUACGACGCGGACCCGCGCCUGCUGUCGGCGCUGGCCUCGUCCGGGGCGCGCGCCAUCGUGGGCGUCCCCAACGACGAGCUCCUCGCGCUGGGCUCCUCACCGGCGACGGCCACUGCGUGGGUGGCCCGCCGCGUGCUCCCGUUCGCGGGCGUCAACUCCAGCACUCCCAACGUCAUCUCCGCCAUCGCCGUCGGGGACGAGGUUCCCACCGCGCUCCCCUCCGCGCUGCCCGUGCUCCUCCCGGCCAUCCGGUCCCUCGCCGCCGCGCUGGCCGCCGCGAACCUGUCCUCGAUCCCGGUGUCGACGCCGCUGCCCUUCUCCGUGGUGCUGGACCCGUUCCCGCCGUCGCAGGCCUUCUUCAACCAGUCCCUGGCCAAGUCCUUCAUCGCGCCGCUACUCGGCCACCUCGCCAACACCUCGGCGCCGCUGAUGCUGAACCUGUACCCCUACUACUCGCUGAUGCAGAGCGGCGGCGUGAUCCCGCUGGACAACGCGCUGUUCCGGCCGCUCCCGCCGUCGCAGGAGAUGGUGGACCCCAACACGCUGCUCCACUACACCAACGUGUUCGACGCGAUGCUCGACGCCGUGCGCGUGGCCGUGCGGAACCUCAACGUCACCGCCGGCGGCGGGGUCCCGAUCCUGGUGACGGAGACGGGGUGGCCGUCGUACGGUGACCGGCGGGCGGAGCCGUACGCGACGAGGGACAACGCGGACGCGUACAACUCGAACCUGAUCAAGCACGUGCUGGAGGACAAGCCCGGGACGCCCAUGGCCCCCGGCGCGGCGGCGCAGUCGAGCGCCUACAUCUACGAGCUCUUCAACGAGGACCUCCGCCCCGGCCCCGUGUCGGAGGCGAACUGGGGCCUGUUCUACGGCAACGGCACGCCGGUGUACCUGCUGCACGUGUCGGGGGCUGGGGGGUUCCUGGGGAACGACACGACGGACCGGAGCUUCUGCGUGGCGGCGGACGACGCGGACGAGAAGGCGGUGCAGGCGGCCAUGGACUGGGCGUGCGGUCCGGGGCGCGCCGACUGCACGGCGAUCCAGCCCGGGCAGGGGUGCUACCUGCCCAACGACGUGCGCAGCCACGCGUCGUACGCCUUCGACGCCUACUACCAGUCCCAGGGCCGCGCCGCCGGGUCCUGCUACUUCCAGGGCGCCGGCAUGGUCACCACCACCGAUCCCAGUCAUGACAACUGCUUAUUUCCUGGAAGUAAGCUGCUGAGCAACGACACCAAAUCUGGCAGCGCAAACAACACUACAACAUCGACAAGUGAUGCCGAGGGAUCUGCGAUAUGGAGGCUAAGAACAGGAAGGGAGAAAGGGUUCUUGCUCUUCCUUCGGUUGCUGCUGAGCAUUGCGGUGGUUAUCGUGACAGAUUCGAACUUUUGGACAUGACAAGAGUGUACGCUAUCUGUAACAAAAGCAGAAAUUUUUGGGAAGGGCAUGUUAGAGGAGUGGGGAUUGGGUUAUGCUUAGUGAUUCUUUAUUGUUGGAUAGGCAUCAAUAAAUUAAUCCUUUUUUCUUCAGCUAAUGAAAUGUGAGUACGAUCUGCUGAAAUCUCUCGA